CUUGAACCAGAAUUUUUUCUGCUUCCUUCCAUCCUCUCCCGUCUCCCUCUCUCGCUCUCCACCGCUCCCCCCUCCUUCCCCUUGCCUCUGCCCUGGCAAGUUACGGUCCUGCCCCUGUGUGGGUCCCACAAUCUCCGUUCUUUACUUUGUGCUCUGUCUCUCUCUUUUUUUUCUAUUUCCUACCCCUUUUUGCCACAGCAGGAAAAGAAGAUAAAUCUGUGCCUCUCCUCCUUUUUUAUCCCCUUUUGGACGGCUCUGCUCCGCGCUGACGUGGCUAGAGGCGAACCGAGGCCGUCGAUAUGUCGCUCAGCGAGAAGCUGGAGGCGGCGCGUGUCGCUCUCGGCAAGCGAAAGGAGCGUGAGCGCGAGCUGCAGGCCGCACAGGCGCAGCCGCUCCCGGUGCCGGCUAAAGCCGAGCCGAGGAAGCCGGCUCCGGCUUGUGCGGCCGCCGCCGCCGGCGGCGACAACAAGCUCCUGGCCGGCCACCUGGCCCACGAGUUCCUCGUCCACGGCACGCUCCUGGGGCGGCGGAUCGAGCCGAGCCGCGGAGCCCCAGCUCCGGCUCAGGCUCCGGCGCGGGCCGAGCCGGACCCCAAAAGGAGGUAUGCGGAGGUGUCGUGGCUGCUAAUGGCGAGAGGGGCCCACGUCCCCGGCGUCGUCAACCCGACGCAGCUCGGCCGCUGGCUGCAGAUAAAGGAGUGACGGCCACGUCGGCGUGGCAGGUGGCGCGGCGCCAUUGGGCGGGGCCGCCGAUCGACGACCUGCGUGCGCGCGCGGCGGGAGAGGCUGUUACAAAAACAGAGAAGCUCACAUCGGCCAAGUGGUUUCGCCAUCUCCGCCGCCCCUGGAUCACUCGGUGCUCUCCUCUCCUACUCUCCCAUUCAGAUUCUCUAAGAAAAAAAGGUCUAGAUCUAGCGAGAUCGUGCUGUAGUAGCCUUGUUGCUUGGCGCAUCGUUGUUUGUUAACAUUACAUGCUUACUGUUGCCCGUGUGCGUGUAUCACCACUGUAUCCAUCCAUCCAUGUUUGUUUCUGCAU